CGUAGGGACGUUGUUAUUGUUCCGUCGUCCCUACAAGCUUUCGCAGUACGAUAAAACCUACGCAGGAAUCCGGACGAGCGUGUUCAUGCGGGCAUGAGAGGAACAUCUGGAGAUAAUGCUAAGAUCCACCGGCUUCUUCCGAGGGAUUGACUGCCCGUUUUACACGGAAUACAGCGAGGGCAAAGGCAGUAAAAAUGGGUGCAACAGACCGUACUGUCACUUCAGGCACAGCCAGCAGAGACGCCCGUCCUACGGAGCACCAGCAGAUGUUAAAAAGCAAAGAGACCUUCACUCUGUACAGAAAGAACAAGGUUAUGAUCCCUUCAAGCCAGAAGUUGUGAGACCCCAGGAGGAGCAGAAUGGAAAGCCGACUGCCUCAGGAGACCUCAGUGGUGCACUGGAGCUGGUCAACAGGGCCAUCGAGGAGGUCCGCAGCGAAGUGGAGAGGGAGAAGAGGAAGCUCUCACGGAUUGGGGAUGAACCGUACGAUCCUAGCGAGAGCACCAGUUUGUCUUCAUCUGAUGCUGUUAAAAGCAAAACACCACCUUCACACAUGGCCUAUGACCCUGGGAGUUAUCAGAUGACAUCAGGAGGUUAUAAUCCCACCCCUGGCUGCAGCAAGUAUACCUUGGAUUCAGACAACCAGGGGAACAAUAGUAACUCCAUGGAAUAUGUUCCGACUUCAGUGAGAAAGCCUCCACCUCGGACACAAACACACCAAAUCCCCUCUCCUCCCCCCAGUCCAAAGUACUCCAAUAGUGCAUCCUCCUCCAAGUGUAAAUACACUGUGGACAAUUCUAGACCGUCUACAGAUAUGGAGUAUGAUCCGCUGUCCAACUACUCGGCAGGAAUCGCAGUGAAAAGCAAGAGGGACAAGGGUGGACAAGCUGUUAAGACAGAGGGCAGGAAAACUCACAAACGAACAGGAUCAGACAUGUCAGAUGAGGAGUGUGUUGUAGCUGUGAAAGCACCACGGCAGCAGAGUGUGGACUCCAAAAAGUACACUUUCUCUGACUCUGAUGAGGAGAGCUCUGGAACAGAGUAUCGACCCACCUCACUCAGUAAUCUUCUACAGAGGAAAGGCAAUGGUGGGUCACUUUGGGAUGCUGUGGGGAGGGCGAGAGAACAGAGAACUGAAAGUAUGCAAAAUGCACUGACACAGAGGAAUAAAGUGGACUUGACAAGUGGCUCAGACGUUCAGGAAGAUGUUAAACUAAAGGACAGCCCAGAGAAAAAGAAGGUGGCUAGUCAAACUAGUCACAAGAAAAGUGGUAAGCCUGAGAAAAUGCAUAAACUUGAAAAGGAAGUUAACAAGACAAUUGGUAGUAAGAGUAGUAGCAGCAGCAGUAAAGACAGAGCAUCAGUAAAGAACUUGAACCAGGACUCUGCAAGGAAGAACAAGAGUCAUGGAAAACGAGAUGAUAGGAAAGACACAGUGAAGGUUAAGACAUCUGAUAAAGUUCACAGGGAAGGCAGAGACGAAAAGAGAAGUGAUGGUAAGAUCAAAGCUGUAGAAAAAGUAAAAACAGACGCAAGCAAACGAGAUAAAGAUACAGAAAAUGGUGUAAGGGAAAGUAAGAAACACAAGAUACCAGACAAGGAAAAGGAACUCAGCAAAUACAAGGACCGCCAACACAAAAAUGGGAAACUUGAUAGCAGUAAAAAUGAAAAGGAUGUGAAGAAAAUGAGUAAAAGCAGUUCUAGCAGUGCGAGCAGUAGUAGUAACAGUAAAGGCAGCUCUGUAAACAGUAAAAAUAAGGUGAAGCAAAACGUCAGCUCAUCUAACGGGAAAAGACCCGAGGAGAAACGGCGAAGUCUGAGUCUUAGCCACGCUGAUCUGUUUGGAGAUGAGAGCCCAGAGGAGGCCGAACCGAUAGAGGUGGACGACGACGAUGACGACGACGAGGAACCCGAAGAAGUGCUGGUGAGGAAAUCUGCUGAUGCUUUAAAGCGGGGACGUCUGAACAAGAGGAAGGCGUCAGAGCUGACUCCCUCUUCCUCCGACGAUGAGGGCGCGGAGGGCGGCGGGGCAGGUAAGGACGAGGUCGACGGGGUUGGAAUUGACUUCUCCAGUUUCCAGGAUGAUCUGGACUUUGACUCAGAUCCCAUGGAGGAGUGUUUGCGGAUCUUCAAUGAAUCCAAAGAUGUGAAGAGGGAAGACAAGGGAAGGCAAGCUAAACAGCCUUCUAGGGAUUCAGAGGAGGAGAGAAGCACAGAGAGCACUUUAACUACUCUCUUCCCUGGUCAAAAGAAGAGAGUCUCCCAUUUUGUUGCCAAAGGAAAUAGUGACGCACCCUCUAAGUCUGUGGUGCGGCCGUACAAGAGACUCACAGCCCAGGAGGUCUGCUACCAGCGUAUGCAGAUGGCACAACAGCAAGCUGCUCAGCUUUCUGCUUCAGUCAAGGCUGCCUCACAGAGCUCCAGCUCCAGCUUUUCAGGAGAGAGGAAGAGAAUAGCACACCGUCCCAACCCACAGACAACAUCCUCCAAAACAAGUCCUGCAGAUGUUAAAACAGUAUCCAGUCGAGUGUUGUCCUCCAGCCAGACCCAUCAGACUGUCAAGGCCCAAACCACUGCUGGCAUCUUGUCCAAGACUGUGUCUACUGUCAUGCAGAAGAGGGUGGCACACACACCCACCAUGAAGAGUAGUUCAAUGAAGCGCCCUGUCAUCCCAACUGAGUUUGGGGCCAAAGUUCCCACCAACAUCCGCCAGCGCUACCUCAACACUUUCAUAGACGAAUGUGUCAAAUUUUGCCCAUCAGAGGACGUUGCUUUCCAGAUGGCCCUUGACGAGGAGAAGCUGGUGUAUGAGCGCAGUAACAGUAAGAACAUCUACCUCAAUGUAGCUGUUAACACCCUGAAGAAGCUCCGCAGCAAGAGCAGCUCCUGUCCAUCGCCUGUCACCAAGGACCCGGGUUUAGCCACUAACAGGAGGGCCCAGUCCCACGAGGAAGUUCUGGGGGGUCGCCUUGCUGCUACAACCAGCUUCACUGUCAACAGGAUGGGUAAACAGCAGGAGGAGAAACUUAUUGGAGCCACACUGUACAGGAAGCUGAAGACGUACCUGAUGACGGAGGAGCAGCUCCAGGAGCACGGAUACCCGAGAACAAACCCCGAGGCUGUCGGCAAAGCCAUCAUAUUCAACCUCCCAGAGAAAAAGGCCAUCGCAGACCCAUUCAGCAAGGUGUGCUGUCGAUGUGGAGCAGAGUACAAGAUCAAUGUCAACGGCAACUGUGUACGGAAAGAGGAAUGUAGCUUUCACUGGGGCCGAUUGCGCAGACAUAAAGUCGCUGGAGGCUGGGAGACAAACUACAGCUGCUGUGCUGCGGCUGUGGGCGCACCAGGUUGCCAAGUUGCCAAGCAACAUGUCCAGGAUGGGCGUAAAGAGUCAUUAGACGGCUACGUCACAACGUUCAGUAAAGCUCUGCCACCUGAUGGCAAUGGAGGGGUGUUUGCUUUGGACUGUGAGAUGUGUUACACAAAGCAAGGCCUGGAACUAACGAGGGUGACUGUCAUCGACUCUGAGAUGAAAGUCAUCUACGACACGUUUGUCAAACCUGAAAGCAAAGUGGUGGAUUACAACACGCGAUUUUCAGGUGUGACGGAGGAGGACUUGGAGAGCGCCACCAUCAGUCUGAGAGAUGUUCAGGCCGUGCUGCUCAGUAUGUUCAGUGCUGAAUCCAUCCUCAUAGGACACAGUCUGGAGAGCGACCUGCUCGCUCUGAAGCUAAUCCACAGUUCAGUUGUAGACACGGCCAUUGUGUUCCCUCACCGCCUCGGCUUGCCCUACAAACGUGCCUUGAAGAACCUGAUGGCCGACCACCUCAAACGCAUCAUCCAGGACAACGUGGAGGGCCACGACUCGAGUGAAGAUGCAUCUGCCUGCAUGGAGCUUAUGAUGUGGAAGAUCAAGGAGGAUGCAAAGGUCAAAAGAUGACCUCUGACCCCUCUACUCCACUUCCCUCAGUCCAGCUUCCUGCCGUCAUGUUCAGGAGGCCUGCACCCGCUCUCAAAGACUUAAGGUCGGAGGGGGGGUGGUUCAGCACAGGUGGAAAUGUUCAUCAGAAAAAGCCUGAGAAGAGCCGACUGUUGUUGCUGCCUAUUGGACUGAAGAAGAACUGCCAGUCCCCUCAAAGCAAUAGGAGUCCAAAUUAACAGUGUUUUCAUUUGCUUCUUGGUAUUUCAGUUCUGAAUAAUGUUAGCUAAAAUGCAUUUCUGUUUAUUUGACCAGUGUCUUUGAAGGCCUCAAACAAUUUCUGAAUGAAACCUUUCUAUAGAACUACUUACAAUGCUGGGGCAUUGUCCACUGAACGAUGAAGAUUAAUAUGAUACUCAUGCCAGGCUGUAUCUUCAGCCUAAAUUGCACUAUAGAAACGCUUUUGUUAUAUAGGGCCCAAGACAGGAGGCCUGAGAUGAGUACCUCAUCUAUGUUAUAAAGCAUUCACUUCUAAUGAAGAACACGUUACUUAGUUACACUUAAGUGCAUUGAUGUCUUAGUCUGUCGAGCAUUGCUUUGUAAAUGCACUUGUGUUUUCACAUUGCACCUCGUUUCCCGUCACUGAUGCUCUGUUUACAGCGCAAUUCUUAUCGAGUCAUUGGUUGACUUUCAAACCUGACUGAUUCUAUAAUACUUGAUCAUAUAAAAUACCCUCAGCAGAAGUGUAAAGUGUCUGCUGCUACCUAUUUGAUAUAGUUAAUAGAUUAUAUCUCUUUAUUUUAUAGUUCACACAAAAUACUGACUAUACCCACCACUGUCUCUGUGUCAUGUGCACUGUGUGAAAUGAAACAACAGGAAUCAGUGUGAUAGCAGGGAUCACAAAAUUAGGUUCAGUACCAAUGAAUCAGGCCUGGGUUAUUGAUUACAGUCAUCAUUUAGUGAGUACCAGCUAACCUGUGCUGUUUUAUGUUGAAAAUGACGAAAAAGUACUUGAGUGCUGUAAAUACGCUGUAAGCUUUUGUAUUUGUUAAUUUUUGGUUGUUUAUCUUUUUCUAUUAAAAUGUAUUAGUUAAAAGAAGUUGUUCCUCUGUCUUGUCCCAGUCCCUCCCUGCACAACAGUGGUGGAAUGUAACUAAGUAGAAUUACUCAAGCAGUUUCGUGAUACUUUAUACCUGAACUCCACUACACUGCACUGCACUGAUCUGGCAACCACUGGUUAUUUGGCUCGGUAAAACUUUACAUACAAGCGUGAUCAGCCUAUAAGACAGGCAUGUCAAACUGAUUCCAUAAAGGGCCAUGUGGCUGCAGGUUUUCUUCCAACCAA